UUUACUACAUCAAAACGGAAACAAAGUCCCUAGCUUCACGGAUAACAACAGCAUUUGAACCGUCAUCUCAUAAAUUUGUCAUCCUUAAGAGCUUGGAACAGUUAGUUGCUUAGAUUCGGUUUCUGAUAUAAUCUGACUUGUACAAAGCAAAUCGCCAAUUAAGAGCUCCAAUACCAUAGCUUCUGCUUGUAACAUAUCUUUGUAAAUAAAUUCAUUGAUCUUUCAGCUCCUUGACAGCACUGCAUCUUUUAUCAUACACUUACAUGGAGUUCUGCCCUGCAGGGGAUCACAGAGCAGGGCAUAGUACAGUCAAGAAUAAUACAGGGAAGCAUAUACUCCCCUUCGUCCCAAUUUAAAUGCAACCAUGAUUUUCUGUGUCCAACUUUGAUCAUCUGUCUUAUUUAAAAACAAUAAAAAAAACAAAAAAAAAACAUAAGUCACGCAUAAAGUAAUAUUCAUGUUUUAUAAUCUCAUAACAAUAAAAAUACUAAUUAUAAAAAAACAAAUCAAAUAAGACGAACGAUUAAAAUUAAGCAUGGAAACUUAUGGUUGCUCUUAAAAUGGAACGGAUGGAGUAUUUCCAGCGGGGAUCACGGAUGGACAUACAUACAGUACAGCAGAUAUAUUGGGGGCGCCGGCCAGUCCUCAGCUUUGUCCACACCUGUUUCUCAACAUUUUUCUAUGCUAGUUGCUCCUAACUUGGCCUACUGUCCUCCAUCUCCAACAACACAAGAGUACAAGACAAGUACUACAACGGCAACAACUAUGCAUGACAUCAAAACGAAAGCUGGGACCUCGUCGAUCAAAGCUAAGCACAGGCACAUAACACCCUCAAUGCAACCAGCAGCAGCGAGGAGGCCAUGCUGCCAUGAAUCAUGAUCAUGGCGUCAUCACAGGAGUUCGAGGCUAAUGACCCACAGCAGCUGCACGCCAAGCCCAAGAGGCUCUACCAAGUCUGGAAGGGAAACAACAUAUUCCUGUGUGGUGGACGCCUUAUUAUUGGCCCGGAUGCAGCCUCCCUGCUGCUUUCCAUGUUUCUCAUCCUUGGCCCGGCCAUCGUCUUCAGCUAUCAGAUGGAGUCCACAAUCCACCGCUCUCAACAACGGAUGCAUCGAGCUGCACAGCUGAUAGUCAUCAUCACAACAGCAGCGGACCUUUUCUUCCUCUUCAUGACAUCAGCCAGGGACCCAGGGAUAGUGCCAAGGAACACAAGAGCACCACCUGAAGUCGAUGAAUUUCUUGGCUCAACCACACCAUCGAUGGAGUGGAGCUCAGGGAGAACUCCGCGGAUGAGGUUCCGUAGGUCAAAGGAUGUUACAGUCAAUGGCUUCACGGUGAAGGUGAAGUUUUGCGAGACCUGCCUAAGGUACCGCCCACCACGAUCCUCACAUUGCUCCAUCUGCAACAACUGCGUCGAAAAGUUUGAUCACCACUGUCCAUGGGUCGGCCAAUGCAUUGGACUUAGGAACUACCGCUACUUCUUUCUGUUUGUAGCGACAUCGACUUUCCUGUGCAUAUUUGUUUUCAUCUUUUCAUGGGUGAAUGUCUACUAUGAAAGGGGAUACAAUGGCGGAUCCAUCUGGAAGGCUUUGCGAAAGGAAGUAUACUCAUUUGUGCUAAUCAUAUAUACUUUUAUCGUUGUAUGGUUUGUUGGUGGUCUCACAGUAUUUCAUCUUUAUCUGAUCAGUACUAAUCAGACAACAUAUGAAAACUUCAGAUACCACUACAACAAGGACAACCCCUACCGAAAGAGCAUUGCAGCAAACUUUGUAGAUGUGUUCUUCACCAAGAUCCCUCCACCCCAGAACAAUUUCCGUUCAUGGGUAGGUGAGGGCGCACUGGAAGCUGGAUUUUAUACUCCAUAUAUUGCGCUGGAUUUGACUGAUCCAAGGGAAAAGAUUGAUUUAGAGAUGGGAAACAAGGAUAUACUUGUUGGGGGUAUUCAGAUCCCAACAGUGCUUCAGAACAUAGACUAUGGUUCCUUUGAAGAUAAUCCAGAUGACAAGAACAGGAAUGAAGAUGAUAGACUAGUGCCUUUUGCUUCAACUUGGGCACAACAAGCAAAUGAAGGUGCUCGAACAUCUGAAAUAGCUACUGUAGAAUAUAAGGACGAAAUAAGUGAAGAUGGUGGUAAGGAAAUUAUUAGUUCAAACACAAGUUCAGAACAAACAUCAAUAGAAGCUAAUGCAGCAGCAUCUGAGGAUGAAAGCAAUGAGGACAAUGCUGGAAAAAGUAACAGUUCAGAUAGAAGUUCUACCCAAAAUUUGGGGGAUGUGAACUAUAGCUCUGUAUUACUCAUCUAAAUUGAUAAUCUGUUCAUAUACAUGGCCAUUAUGAGUUGACAUUAUUCUUAGCAUUACACAUGAUAAAUAAAAACAGAAAAUGAAUGACUGUAUGCCUCAGCCAAAAUUUUUAGAAUGUAUUAGUUUACGUCUA